AUGAAAACUUUGGUUAGUACUAUAGAACCAUUACGAGAGUCAACUAGAAUAAAUCAAGAUUCUUCUGUGACGCUUCCUGAAAUAACUGGAUCUAUUGUUAAUGCUAAUAAUACUAUCGCCGCUCAAGAUAUAAAUAUAGUUCAGA